GCGACACGACGCGUCGGAGUCGCGCGAUCAUUCGUACGCGGCACGCGACGUUAGUUUCGUGACGAGUGAUUUUGCGUUAGUUUUUCGCGCGAGUACGAAUACUCGCUGGUCAAAUCGUCAUUUAGAACUGGAACGUGCGUGCUUUUCGUCAAAAUGUGAUCGAGUAAUUUUCACCAAUUUUUUUGUUUGUUUGAAGCACUUUCUCGGGAACCGAAAGAAAGGAACCGAAAGAAAGGAAACGAAUUUUGCGCUUUGCAAGGAGAUUCGCGCUGAUGAUGAACAUGAUACUUCCGUGAGGAGCUGCAGUUUCAGAUGGAGAACCAAGCUUAUGAGGAGGACCAAUCGCGUGUAGAAGAGCAGUCCACACUUGAGUCUAAUGAUCGUGAUCGGCAAUCUCACGUGGAUACGAUCGACGAUGGCGAUUCUUUCGUCCCGACAAUCACGACGCACAUCGAGGGCCACGUAUAUGAGGACAUCUGCACUGGUACGGAGGAUACCAUCGAAUUUUCCGAACAAAUAUCUCUCCCCGAUGAGUCUCGAAACACUUGCGAGAUCAAGGAUCAUCGAUCGACUGAUUUUACCAGACAAGCUUGGAUCAGCAGUGGAUCAUCGUCGAUUGUGUCUCCUUUGGUUGAUAAACUCUUCCAGCACAGCUCGACGUUACUUUCUUCCACGAGAAUCAGCACGAAUCAUGACAGCGCGGUUUCUACGUUGUCCAAAACGAGUGACGAUGAUCCCGAACAAGGCUUCGGAAAGCCUUGCAAUCUUCUUUCAGAACCUCUUUCCGAAAACGUUUUGGAGAGCGUGUCCUCGUUAUCACGGGAAAAUGAAGAUUCAUCGCGAGAUCGCGCAUCGGUGCAGUCCGAUCGUAAACCGAAUCGUAGACGCAAGAAGAAGGACUGCAAGCACUGCAGAAGCAAAUUGGCCGGCGCGGGGUCCUGCGAAAAGCUGGACGAGUUGGUUGGUAGCAAGGAUGCUAUCCUGAAAGGAAACGGAAGCAAUCACAAGGACUUGGAUGUGUCCAAUUUCCUAUUUGGGGAAUCGCUCUUGAGACCACAGAAUAUAAAAAUCUAUCCAACCGUUAACAGAACGAGUCUUCGGGAUAUUGAUGCCAAGAGAAGUUGCUCGGCCGCAUUUCCUAUAUCCGAGAACGGGUUGCACUUGACGGAGACGUUUCUAAUAAAUGCCGGGAACGACAAAAUAUUGGACGGAAUGACGGAAAAUAGUCAAAAUAAGAUAUUAGGAAUGUCGAAGAAUGGGACUGAUAUGAGGAUUAAUUCAAUUUACUCGCAGGAUCGCUGGUAUGGCAAAGAGUCAUCAAUAUUCUAUACUGACUUCAAGGAUCAAAAUCCUUUCCAGAGAGCUUAUUCGUUGCCGGCACGGACGCACACUCCGACUUCGCAGAAUCGCGUUAAUUUACGUCGAAGUGUCAGAAACGAUCCGCCGCCGCAUCCAGCACGUCUGGACAAGCAUCGACGGGGUUGGACGCUACACCUGGCUCGUCCCCUAAAGACAUCCGGAUGCUCCAGCUCGCUUGCAUCUCUUCUCGUCGUUCUACUAAUCUUGCUAGGAGUCGCAGGAGUUGCGUUAUACAUCGUUUUUGAGCCGGAAAAACUCCAGAUCAUUCAGCAGUAUCUCAAGUCGUCGGCAGGCAAAUUGACGGGGCAGAACGUUACAUCCGGUGAACCGAUCACGUCUACGUUUUCGAACGAUGAGCUAAAUUUGACAAUCAUGGCGAGUAGGAUAACACCUACGUCGACGCUGGUGAGCGCCGAUGCGUUCACUAUGAGCGCCCUUUUAAACAGCGACCCGUCAUUUCCGGAAAGCACUUCUUCACCGACAGGUGAAGCGGAAACGGAAGCUAUGAGUCAAAACGCUAAUGCGACGAGAUAUUGCGACGAUUGCUUCGAAGGCGAGGUGUGCGUCGCUCUCGUUGACGAACAAGUGCCGAUAUGUAGGAGCCCCCGCGAUCGCGAGGAUCCCACCGGAUGUGCCGGUUUCUGCAUCAUCAAUAAGCAGAAAUGUCAUCGCCUUGACGUGGAUGCCUUCAGGUGUUUGGAAAUCGAGCACUAUUGCCUGGAUGACGAAUGGACUUGCUCCAACACAUUGUGCAUUCCCUUCGACAAGCGUUGCGACGGGCACAUGAAUUGUUACGAUCAUUCAGACGAGUUCGAUUGCGUCUGCAAUCUGGAGACGCAUUUUCAGUGCGGUAACGAGACUUCCUGCCUUCCGCUGGAGAGGAGAUGCGACGGAAAGAUAGAUUGCUGGGACGCAACCGACGAGAUUAAUUGCACGUUAGGUCGUAAUCUUGGUUGGUCUUGUCCUCUGGAUAAUGAAUUUACCUGCAGUAAUGGAGAAUGCAUAUUAAAAGUUCGUUUUUGCGAUGGACUAGCAGACUGUAGCGAUGGAUCGGACGAACCUCACGGGUGCCAAGGGCGGUGCAAUAAACAUGAAUUUACAUGCCAAAACGGUAGAUGCAUUACGAAAGGGACGAAAUGUAACGGGGUUGACGAUUGUGGAGAUGGUACGGAUGAGAGGCACUGUAAAGAUCGAUUUACUUAGUGCUGAAACGUAAAGGGAAACAUUGCCAAUCAGAGAAAAAUCAAAUGCAGUAUUUUAUACGAAUAAAUGUAUGUAAUGUAUAUAGUGUGUUGUAUAGACGGAAAUAUGGACAAUAUAUAUAUUGAAAUGGUUUACUUAUUAAAAAUGCAAAAAAUC